AUGCCCGACCCGUCGCGCUCGGCGCCCGCGCCCAAGAAGGGCUCCAAGAAGGCCAUCAGCAAGGCGCAGAAGAAGGACGGCCGCAAGCGCAAGCGCGGCCGCAAGGAGAGCUACUCCAUCUACGUGUACAAGGUGCUCAAGCAGGUGCACCCCGACACGGGCAUCUCGUCCAAGGCCAUGGGCAUCAUGAACUCCUUCGUCAACGACAUCUUCGAGCGCAUCGCGGGCGAGGCGUCCCGCCUGGCGCACUACAACAAGCGCUCGACCAUCACCUCGCGGGAGGUGCAGACGGCCGUGCGCCUGCUGCUGCCCGGCGAGCUGGCCAAGCACGCCGUGUCCGAGGGCACCAAGGCCGUCACCAAGUACACCAGCUCCAAGUGA